AUGUUCAUACGGGGAGCCUUAUUGAUUCAACUACUGUUGCUAUUGAAUAUAAUAGUUGAACUAGACACAGCUAAACCUUGGGGCAACAAACAAUUGUUUCCUCCACAUUUAAUACCCGAUAAUGCACUACAUCCUCGAAGGUCGGUGGUGCGAAGAAAAAUAGUUCUUUAUCAUAAUUUCUUCCGUACUAAAGUACGACCUAGUGCCGCUAACAUGCUGCUAAUGACGUGGCACGCAGAAGCAGCCCGACAAGCGCAGCAAUACGCAGAAAAGUGCAUGUUCUUAAAGCACAAUGACGUCAGAGAAAACCAAGUCCCACACCUCGGUACAUGCGGCCAGAAUUUGUUUGUAGCCGCACAGAAAACCCCGUGGUUCUUCGCAAUUAAAACAUGGUACCUGGAAUACCAGAAUUUCACAUAUGGCAAUCCUGUAUAUAACCUGAAGACCAUUGGCCAUUACACGCAGAUGGUUUGGGCUACCAGCCAUAAGGUGGGCUGUGGUGUGGCCCAUUGCAGAGGUGGACCAUGGGGACAGUUCUAUAACUACGUGUGCCAUUACUGUCCUGGUGGCAACUAUCACAGCAUAACGCAAUACCCUUACAAAAUUGGAGAGCCGUGUGAGGAGUGUCCCAACCACUGCUUAUCAGGAUCCUUAUGCACCAACGCUUGCCACAAGAUGGACUACUACUCCAACUGUCCAGAACUGGUGUCCGUCACGGAUGAAGUAUGCCAACGAGGGGUCUGCAAUGCCACCUGUAACUGUGCUCAAGAUAAAAUACAUAGAAAUUAUCCUUGGACAUAA